CUCCGGGAACCGAGCCCAAGCCCUGCCUCCCGGACACAGCGACGCUCACGUAGUCUGGUGGUGGCGGCCUCCCCUGCCACCUCCCUCCGGACUCUCCGAUGCAGCAAGCGGGCUGGAGAGGGGGCCUCCCCGCGGCCCAAAAGGGUCCUGGCCUAUGCGUCUAACCCAAUGAUGGCCGUGGACAUCGAGUGCAGAUACAGCUGCAUGGCCCCUUCCUUGCGCAGAGAGAGGUGCACCUUCAAGAUCUCCCCGAAGCCCAGCAAGCCUCUAAGGCCUUGUAUUCAGUUGAGCAGCAAGAACGAAGCCAGUGGCAUGGUGGCCCCGACCGUCCAGGAGAAGAAGGUGAAGAAGCGAGUGUCCUUCGCAGACAAUCAGGGGCUGGCCCUGACAAUGGUCAAAGUGUUCUCGGAGUUCGAUGACCCGUUAGAUAUUCCGUUUAACAUCACCGAGCUCCUAGACAACAUUGUGAGUCUGACGACAGCAGAGAGCGAGAGCUUUGUUUUGGAUUUCUCACAGCCUUCAGCCGAUUACUUAGACUUUAGAAAUCGGCUUCAGACCGACCACGUGUGCCUUGAAAACUGCGUCCUGAAGGACAAAGCAAUCUCGGGCACAGUGAAGGUGCAGAACCUCGCCUUUGAGAAGAUGGUGAAAAUCAGAAUGACAUUUGACACUUGGAAAAGCUUCACAGACUUUCCCUGUCGGUAUGUGAAGGACACUUACGCCGGUUCAGACAGGGACACGUUCUCCUUUGACAUUAGCUUACCCGAGAAAAUUCAGUCCUAUGAAAGAAUGGAGUUUGCUGUGUGCUAUGAGUGCAACGGACAGGCAUACUGGGACAGCAACAAAGGCAAAAACUAUAGGAUCAUCCGGGCUGAACUGAAAUCCGCUCAGGGGACAGCCGAGCAACAGAACGGACCAGAUUUCGGAAUAUCGUUUGACCAAUUCGGAAGCCCUCGGUGUUCCUAUGGUCUGUUCCCAGAGUGGCCUAGUUAUUUAGGAUACGAAAAGCUGGGGCCCUACUAUUAGUGACUGCACGUGACAGAGCCUGGCUGAGUGGGUGCAGACAAGCCUCAACGCAGUCACCGUGGGAUGGAGGUGGAAGCCAAGAGAAAAGUUGAACUGCCAUUAGGCACAGUUUUUGAAAAGAAAGGAUCCUGUUUACUUUUUUCGUAAACCAGCAAAACCAGCCAGGUUUAGAUCACAAAACCGGUUUCACACUCAGAGUGGAUGUGGUGUGCCGGCUGCUUGGCGCCCGUGGCAGCCACGAGGGGCCGAGCAGGAUGUGCGGGACAGGGUCUGGGCAGGAACCAGGCCUGCAGGCAGUGCUGGCGAGGCUGGAGGAUGGUGGCUUAACAGGGCAACCCAGAGUGUGCCAGGCUGCCCUGGGGAGCUGCUCCUCUCCCCUCGGAUGUGGCAAGUCAGUCGCCUCAUAGUCACUCCGUCCCCAGCCACCUCCCAUCGGAUCCACGCCGUUCGUCUUCGGGUGUUCUCCGCCCAGCCAGGCCCUUCCUGCCUGCUGCUGCCGUUCCAUGUCUACUUCACACUUUGUGCAUUUUUUUGCAUCUUAUUUUCUUCCACAGUUCAUCUGAUGUUCAGGAAAAGAUAAUAAAGGCAAAUCAGCCUGUGACUGAGACAGACAUUUCCUCUUUCUGACCCCACAUGUAUACUCCAGCAGGGAAUGGCACACCAGUUAUCGAACGUAACUGGCUCCUGUGCGGUGUUACAGAUGGCAGGGGUGUGACAAAGCGGGACAGUCAGGAGUAGGACGCUGUUAGCUUUUCCUCUUGGCUUUUGAGGGAGCUUUCUAAGUACUCACUCUUACCCUGAGUCACCAGACGGCUCAAUUACAUGAUUUGUGUUAACUUGCUCAGCGGGUUUGCAGCAUCUUGUUCUUCACAAAAGGAUUUUAGAAUCGCCUUUCCUGGAGAGUCAUCUUUUAUGCCGUGUUCAGGACAUUUUGAUUUGCAGAUCCCAUAUAUCCUCAAAGCCUUCCGAAGAGGUUUGGUUUUACUUUGACUGUGAUUUACAAUAUCCAGGACAGUUUCCAAGCACCCUGGGACGUUGGUUUGGGUGUUCUUAUUUAUGGUGUGUAGGAUGUAAAGGGAGAGGGGAGAGAAACCUCAGCAAGUUCUCACACUUUAUUUUCAGUGUUUGCCUACUCUGAAAUAAUCAGAGGUUAGUUGUUCUUAACCAUAUUGGACUAAAGAAUUAAGAGUCUGUUGGUUCACACUGU